UUGGAUGAAGUACAUUAUAAAGUACGCUGAUUUAGCAUUCCUUGUUCGUCGUCACUACUUUACAUAACCAAUAUGGCGGAGAUCCAGGACUUGCCAGAAGGCUGCAUCGCCGACAUACUCUCUCGUACAACCCCUCUUGACGCCUGUAGAUUCUCCCUCAUUUCCAAGACUUUCCGUUCUGCCGCCGAUUCCGAUGCUGUAUGGAAUCGCUUUCUCCCUUCCGAUUCCAAUUUCAUCGACUCUAUCAUCUCACAGUCUCCUUCCCUUGCCAACAUUCCUACCAAAAAGGCUCUCUAUCUAGCUCUCUCGGAUCGCCCUAUCAUCAUCGACAGUGGUAAAAAGAGUUUUCAAUUGGAUAGAAAGAGUGGAAAAAAGUGUUACAUGCUUGCUGCUAGAUCUCUCUCCAUUGUUUGGGGUGAUACUGACCAAUAUUGGACCUGGAUUCCUUUGCCUGAUUCCAGGUUCCCUGAAGUUGCUCAGCUUUGUGAUGUGUGUUGGCUUGAAAUUCAUGGUAUGAUAAACACCACUCUCUUGUCUCCAAAUACUCAAUAUGCAGCUUAUGCCGUGUUCAAGAUGAUUGAGCCCUGGGGAUUUCAGAAUCGUCCUGUGGAGUUAUCAGUUAGUGUCGAAGGUGGCCAUAGUAGUACUACAAAUGUAUGUUUGGAUCCAAUUGUUGAAGGUACGCCCCACCCCAGAGUAGUAGGAUUGCAGAGUCCUAGUGUGAGAACCGAUGGGUGGUUGGAGAUUGAGAUGGGGGAGUUCUUCAAUUCAGGCAUAGAAAAUGAAGAAGUCCAUAUGAAUUUUAUGGAGAUAAAGGGUGGUAAUUGGAAGAGAGGUCUCUUUCUUGAAGGCAUAGAAGUGAGGCCUAAGGAAGACAACUAAGCAACAUUCACUAAACUAUUGAAGGGUUCUUGCGUCUCGGCAGAACAAUGUUUGAAGAUAUGAAGUCCCAACUUUUCAAUAUACUAUAUAUUAUUGUUCAAAACUGUUUCUUCGUAAAGUAUAUUAUAUACCCAAGUUAUAUUGCUGGUCAUGAUUCAGUAUACUGGUAUAUCUGUUGUGGAUGGAUAUCAGCCACCUUUUGUGUUUAUUGCUCCAACUAUAUAUAAUAUAUAUUGUAAUAUUGUGAUCCAA